UAGGAAGGUGGCGUGCCUGUUGCAGCUCUAUGGCCUCGCGCCAGGCGCUCACAUCUAUGAUGAACACCCACUGCAGUUGCCACAGUGACAGCACGUCCGCGUUGACCCAUGGCACAUACCCAGAUGCUGUCAGACCCUUCAGUGACAUCCCUGGGCUGUGGAACAAUCAGCUGGCCAACCUGUACACCUUCUGGAAGACAGACGGGUUCAGGAACGUGCAUCGGAUGAUGGUGCACAACUUCAACAUCUUUGGGCCCAUUUAUCGGGAGAAAAUUGGCUAUUAUGAGAGUGUGAACAUUAUCAAGCCGGAGGAUGCAGCCAUUCUGUUCAGAGCAGAAGGCCACUACCCCAAGAGACUGAAAAUGGAGCCGUGGACUGCAUACCGAGACUACAGAAACCGCAAAUAUGGAGUCCUUCUCAAGGAAGGAGAGGACUGGAAGUCCAGCCGAAUCAUUCUGAACAAAGAGGUCAUCGCCCCAAAUAUGCUUGGGAAUUUUGUGCCAUUGUUGGAUGAGGUUGGCCAAGACUUUGUGUCAAGGGUUCAUAAGAAGAUCGAGAGGAGUGGACAGGACAAGUGGACCACAGAUCUCUCCCAUGAGCUCUUCAAAUAUGCCCUAGAAUCGGUAGGAUCCGUACUUUAUGGAGAGCGGCUGGGGCUGCUGCUAGACUACAUCGACCCUGAAGCCCAGCGCUUCAUCCACUGCAUCACUCUUAUGUUCCAAAGCACAUUGCCCAUGCUGUAUAUCCCCCCUGGUCUGCUGCGGCUGCUGAGGGCUACGCCAUGGAAAGAGCAUGUGGAAGCUUGGGAUGGGAUCUUCAGCCACGCGGAUUAUUGCAUCCAGAAGACCUACCGGCGGCUGCGCCAGGAGUCCAGCAUGAAAGGAAAGUACCCUGGGGUGCUGGCCAGCCUCCUGCUGAUGGACAAACUGUCUAUUGAAGACAUUAAAGCCAGUAUCACAGAACUGAUGGCUGGGGGUGUGGACACGACUUCUAUCACUCUGUUGUGGACGUUGUACGAGUUGGCUCGGCACCCAGACCUGCAGGAGGAACUACGGGCCGAGAUAGCAGCGGCAAGGACCUCCACGCAGGGGGACAUGGUGCAGAUGCUGAAAAGGGUGCCGUUAGUCAAAGGUGCCAUCAAGGAAACACUGAGGUUACAUCCUGUGGCUGUGAGUUUACAGAGAUACAUAACAGAGGACAUAGUGAUCCAGAAUUACCACAUUCCAGCUGGGACCUUAGUGCAGCUGGGCCUGUAUGCCAUGGGUAGAGACCACCGCAUUUUCCCCUGGCCGGAGCAGUACCUACCCUCACGUUGGCUGUCCCCUGGUGGCCACUACUUCCAGGCCCUGGGCUUCGGCUUUGGACCACGCCAGUGCCUGGGCCGCAGGAUCGCAGAGGCCGAGAUGCAGAUCUUCCUCAUCCACAUGCUUGAAAACUUCCGAAUUGAGAAGCAGAGGCAAGUGGAGGUGAGAAGCAGCUUCCAGCUCAUUCUGUUGCCAGAAAAGCCCAUUUUACUGAGCAUACGGCCCCUAGCCAAGCAUAAGUAGCCUCUGCUGGGGAGUUUUGGAUUUCGUGUUUAGUUUUUAGUGUGUAACUUGAAGGCUAUUAAAUAGACAUUUAACUCAUUGAAAGAGUUAUUAAAGCUUUACACCCUCCCCA